AUGGCGGAUAGAGAGUUUAGUUUGGAAGCACUGGAGGCAGCCUUUGAUAUGAUUUGGAAUCACCUAGAUGGAUUGAGAAUCAAAUACUACGGGGAUAAUAUCUAUCAAUUUUUUUUUUACGAUAAUGAAGCUGAUGUGAUUCGAUUAGAGAGGGGUUUACCGUGGUUAUUUAAACAAUAUGUGAUUCAUCUAAGGAAAUGGAAGGUGGAUAUGAAUAUAAUUAAUGAAGAUUACACCAUCAUUUCCACAUGGGUGCAACUAUGGGAAUUAACUGAAUUCUGCAAAACUUCUAAAGCUGCAAGGAAGAUUGGAGGAAGGAUUGGGAGGGUUUUGGAGGUGAUGGCUGUUAAAGUGAGACGAGGAGAAGGUCGGAUAAUGAAGGCAAGAAUCGAGCUUAAUGUCACUAAAACUCUUAAGCAAUCAAUCAAGGUGGCUAGCUCUAACUGCACUACACAUGAAAUUCUGCUGAGAUAUGAACGCCUCGGUCUUUAUUGCAGUUACUAUGGCUUUAUUGGUCAUGAGUUCAAAAACUGCAGUAAAUUCCUAGAGGAUUCACAAGAUCAACAACAGCCAGAAUUGAAAUGA